CUCCCCAGCUUCCCCUUCUCCGCCUGAGACUGGUCCUCCGCCUCCCGCCGGGCGAUCACGCCGGAUCGCGCGAAUCUUGAGGCACCUGCCUCGCUACGUUCGCAUGCCACGGGAGACACGCCGCGCACUCUCCUCCUCCGCCUUCGCCUCGCUUCGCUUCUCUUCCAUUGUCGCCGCUGCCCUCCGCUUUCCUUCUGUUCUGUGGGGGUUGGGGUUCCCUUUCUCAUCUCAACGCACCGUGUAAUGAGAUCUUCACCGUUGGAUUGUUCCUUCGUCCCUAAAUUUCUCCCUUUUUAUUUCUCUUUUUCUGCAUCUGAAUUAUAUAUUAUUGGAUAUGAUCUUAAAUUUUGAGGGAAAGUAAAUUCCAAGAAAUUAUGUGGAUUUAUGGAGGAAUGUGAAUGUAUUCUUUGAAUUGAGGAUCGAAAUAGAUUUUUGACGGAAAUGGCGGAAGAGAAGCCUACCUCGAAGCCGGUGCUCCAGAAGCCACCGGGGUACCGUGACCCGGCAGCGGCGGCCCCCGCCGCGCCGAGGCCGCCGCCCAGGCGGCAGCCGCUGCCCCCGGCGUUCCGCCAGCCCGGGAAGCCGCUCCCCCGCCAGCGCUACCGCCGCUCGCGGCGCUGCUCCUGCUGCCGCAUCUGCUGUUGGGCAUCCGCGGUGGCCCUCGUCGCGGCUGCGAUACUCGCCGUGGUCGCCGGACUCGCGUACCUCUGGUUCCAGCCGCGGCUGCCCUCCUUCCGCCUCGAGUCCCUCAACGCUACCCAGCUUCGCGUCGCCGUCAGGCCCGACGGGACCUUCCUCGACGCCGUCACCAAGGUCGGGAUCCUGGUGUCGAACCCCAACGGGAGGAUCGUGGUGGAGUACGGUGACGGGAAGGCGCGGAUGUCGGUGGCGGAUGACGACGGCGACGUGGCGGUUGGGGAAGCGGCGAUCGCGGGGUUCGAGCAGGCGAGGAGGAAUCGGACGGUGGUGCGGUUCGCGGCGGCGGCGAGGGGGGUGGCGGUGGACGAGGUGGCCGGGGAGAGGAUCCGGGCCGGCUUCAGGAGCAAGGAAGUGCGGUUCGUGCUGGAAGUGAGGACGAAGGUGGGGAUCCGGGUGGGCGGUAUGAGUACCGGUAAGGUGCCGAUCCGGGUGGGGUGCGGCCCGGUGAGCUUAAAGCAGGGGGUGAGCGGUGCGACGCCGCCCAAGUGCCGCUUCUACUUGCUUAGAUGGAUUAAUUUGCAUUGAGAGGGUUUUCUAGGUGUAUGUCUAAAGGAGAUGAUGACAUUUGCUGUUGCUGUAUAGCAGAUUUGUAUUUGUUUUCCCAUAUAUAAGCAUUUGGAAGGGAUCGAUCUUCGAGUUCGGCUUCGACUUGCUUCGCAUAAAGCUUGUAUUUACACAAAUGAUUAUGAAAUACUAAUUUUUUUUUGUUUACUUGUAUGGGACAUUUGGGACUUUUUUUUUUAUAUAUAGUGUUAAUGAA